GCGAGCAAGGCUGCCUCCGGGGCCACGGGGCUGCCACCUCUUGCUUUCCUGCCGGCCAUGGAGCGGCUGAUGUUGCCUCCCGGCGGCGCGGCGGCCGUGGACGAUUACCUGGAGUAUCGGAGAAUUGUUGGUGAGGAUGAUGGAGGGAAACUUUUUACUCCUGAAGAAUAUGAAGAAUACAAAAGAAAAGUUUUACCUAUGCGUUUACAGAACAGAUUAUAUGUGAGCUGGCAGUCACCAACUGGAAUGGAUUGUAAACUUGUUGGCCCAGAGACGCUGUGCUUUUGUACACAUAGGUAUAAACAACAUAAAACUGACUUUGAAACGAUUCCACAGCAGCGUCCCAUUGAUCUGCCUUGCCGAGUGACUGGCUGCCCCUGCAGGGCUUACCAUUAUGUGCCUUUGAAUGGUACCCAACCCAUUCGCUGCAGGUGCAAACACUUUGCUGAUCAGCACAGUGCUGCUCCUGGCUUUUUGUGCAACGCAUGUUCCAAGUGUUCAGGAUUCCAUAGCCCCUUCAGUUGUGCUUGUGGUCAGCCUGCAUAUACCCAUGACACAGUAGUGGAAACUAAGCAAGAAAGAUUGGCUCACGGAAAACCAGUGGGACAGGAUGUUCCUUAUGCAGCAAUGGGAGGAUUAACUGGCUUCAGCUCACUGGCAGAAGGCUACCUGCGAUUAGAUGACAGUGGGAUCGGUGCACCUUCAGUUGAAUUUUUAGACUCUCCAGUUACCACAAUGGACCACCCAUUUCUAAAAGCAUUUCAAGGACCAUCUAGUCCCUCUAUAGAAACACUAACAAAUGCAGGUACAAGUAGUCAAGUUUCUUCCUUAAGGAGACCCGAAGAGGAUGAUAUAGCUUUCUUUGAAAGACGAUACCAGGAAAGGGGAUCCUUGGACACUGGCUUGGGAUGCCCACUGGAACCCCUCUGUGUCAUACAUGUGUAGCCCAAAGAUGUGGGGGAGCUAAUGACCUUGGAGUCACCCUUGACUAAUGGGAAAUGGAAGCCAAUAGAUAAAUGCCACCCCUUUCUGUCUGCUGGGAAGGCAAUUCUGAGAUGGUAACAUAGGCUUCCUCAGAAAGUCCUGUGGGAUUGAUUAUUAGUUACGCAUAGCUGUGGGUUGCUCAAUAAUUCAUCCUCACGUUAGCUUUCUCUUUUUUUCUUUUCCACACCCUCUGGAUCCUUCAGACCACUUUCUAAA